AAAGAAUUAAUCAUAUAUAGUUCAAGUCAAAAGCAACGAAAACGUAUAUCGAGUUGACCAGAGAUUUUUGGUUUGUGAUUUUAGUUUGGAGCUAGGUACUCUACAGCUCAGGGUGCAACUUUUAUACAAACUGUGCAUCAAAGUGAUGAUGAGUCCAACGACAUUGAUGAUUGGUAGAAUCUUGGAUUCAAUUUAAUCCCAACUGAUUAUAUGUACCUAACAAAAAGUUGUGAAGAUGGUUAUUUCAAACAAGGCCAGCUUAAUCCUUAUGGCAACAUUCAAUUGAGCCCCUCUGCUGGUGUCUUAAACUAUGGACAGGGUAUUUUUGAAGGUACAAAAGCUUAUAGAAGAGAUGAUGGACGUUUAUUUUUGUUUCGUCCACAACAAAAUGCAAUGAGAAUGCAAAUUGGUGCUAAAAGAAUGUGCAUGCCUAGUCCUUCCAUUGAUCAAUUUGUUGAUGCGGUGAAACAAACUGCUCUGGCUAACAAACGUUUUAUUCCUCCUCCUGGAAAAGGGUCUCUUUAUAUAAGGCCUUUGCUUAUAGGAAGUGGACCAAUUCUUGGAUUGGCUACAGCACCAGAGUACACCUUCCUUGUCUAUGCUUGUCCUGUUGGAAAUUAUUUCAAGUCGUUAAUGCUCAAAACAGGUGGAACCGAGCCAAUAGGUGCACUAGGACUAGAAAAUUCUGUAGAAAUAUCCCUCUUCGGCAAUCUAUCAAACACCUUCCAGUCAAACUCUUGUGGUUCCUUGACGGAGAAAAAAAGAGAUGAGAAUUUGAGCUCGGUAGCAUCAAUAGAAGCACCGGAAAGCACGUCGGAGAAAAUGUAUUGCGGUAUUGUAUCUCCAACACCAAGAACAGGGAACUCUGAAUCCAAAUGGGAUUUUACCAUAUCAGCCACCUCGGUGUUACUAUCAACUACUCCAGCAGCAAGUGGAACUAUUCUUGGAGGAGUGACAAGAAAAAGUAUUAUGGACGUUGCACAUGAUCUUGGCUACCAGGUUGAAGAACGUUUAAUUGAAGUAGAGGAAUUGAAUAAUGCUGAUGAAGUUUUUUGUACGGGAACUGCAGUUGGCAUUGCUCCAGUAGGUGGCAUUACUUAUAAAAACAAAAGGAUUGAGUACAAGGAAGAGCUAACAUGUAAGCAAUUGUACUCGAGAUUAAUUGGGAUCCAAAGAGGUGUUAUUGAGGACAAGAGGGAUUGGAUUGUGGAGAUUGAAUGA